AUGGGCAACACACUUUCUGAUUUAAGUUCUCCAACUAUCGCAACACAGCACAGCCAUCCUUCAGGAACAAUUGUGGUCAUAAAUCAACAGCAAGGAAGACCAGAAACGUUAACUGAGAAGACAAUAAAAAUGAGCAAUUCAGCAAAUUCCAAUGGUGCUUUGAAUCGUGAUGCUAGCAAUGCAGAUGUGAACAUGAUAUCUGCUUCUAGAGAUGCUUCUAUGGCCGAUAUUCCUGAUCAAUCUUCAUUACAAUAUAACUCAAGAAAUUGUAGUGAGCAGUACAUUGAAAAUGCAGAUUAUCAAGAACAGGCAUCUUCUAAUUCCUCAUCGUUCAGUUCACUUAACGAAAGGUCACAACAGGAGGGAGAUGGUUCCAUGAUGUUCGAUUCGGAUAAUAACUCUAAUAAGCCGGAUGUUAGUCAUAAUGAAAAGCUGGAGGAUAGUGAUGAUUCUCUGAUGGUGGACGAACAAAAGGAUGAGGGUAAUAAUCGAAAGGCUGGUGGUGACACUAUGGAAGGUGUUCAGAAUCCGGUCCAACCGAUUGAGAAGUUACAGCCUGAGUCUCAAAUUACUUCCGAUAGAUCACAAAACUCCGCUAUCAAUUCUCAACAGCAACAACAACAACAGCAGCAACAACGACAACAACAGCAGCAGCAGCAACAACAACAACCAUACCAACCUGUACAGCCGAUUCUUGUGCCAACUAUUUUCAAGUGGACAGAAGGUGGUCGAAAGGUUUUCGUUAUGGGAACGUUUACCGGAUGGAGGAAAAUGAUUGCGUUGAAUGGUCCAUCACCUAAAGAUGGUUCGUUCAGCGUCCAGAUAGCACUCCCCCCAGGAAUGCACAGAUUCAAAUUUGUGGUUGACAACGAAGUUAGAUGCUCCAAUUUCAUUCCAACGGCAACUGAUAACUCUGGUCAUUUUGUGAAUUAUCUUGAAAUUAUUCCUUCCGAGCGUGAGUUAUAUCCAGAGAGAAAUGACUCCAGAGUUUCACUCAGAUCAAACGGCUCUAAGUUGGGCCUAACCAAGGAUGAUGAUGAUAUGGGAAAUGGUUACACUAGAUAUCAUCAAGAUCAGAACAUGCAGUUGAGAAAGGUUGCAUACACAAAUGAAAUUCCGCCAAUUUUCACCGAUCCUAAGGUUAUGGAAGAAUAUUACGUUACAUUGGAUAACAGUCAAAAGAAUGGUGGGCACAAUCAACAAUGGUUAAUACCUCCUCAGCUCCCACCCCAUUUAGAAAAUGUUACUUUAAACGGCUACAAUAGUAAUGAUAAAUCGAACACAUCUGGUGCCUUAAGUAUACCAAAUCAUGUCGUCUUGAAUCAUUUGGCAACGACUUCUAUUAAGCACAAUACCCUCGCAGUUGCUUCUGUCGUCAGAUAUAAAAGAAAAUAUGUGACACAAAUAUUGUAUGCACCCUUACAAUAG